AUGUUUGCCUUUUCAACCGUCACCUUGGUCGCCAUCAUGGUCGGUCUGUUUCAAUUGCAGUCCGGGACCGCCUCGCCGACGCCCCAAUUCGUUCCUGGGCCGUAUGGUCCGAUGCCGGUCGGCUACGGAGCCGCUCCCAUUGGGAGACCGGUGCCUGUGGUCCAACAAUUCCCCGGCCAGCCUCCUAUGGUCCGUUAUUACUAAGCUUUCACUACGUUCUUCCCUCGGAGCGCUGGGAAACGAUCGAUUGGCACAUGUAUUCGCUUCUUCAUUGAGCUUCAUCAUUGGUUCGACCCUCUUUUCUGGUGACCCCCCUCCAUUAAACAUAACCUCUACACGCCGUGUCG